GGAGACAUGUGGUAUUUAGAGAAGAUUUUCCUGCCUGAAAGUGAUAUUAUCCAGAUUUUCAUUGAUGGUGUCAGAGGUGAAGAUUUCCGCAGUGAUGUUGCUAUAGAUGAUAUUUCUUUUUACCCAGGAUAUUGUACUGCAACAACUACCACCACCACCACUGUAACUACAAAACCGACAGGUUCUACUGUGUCAUCAACUAAAACCACAUCAUCACCAGGUAAAUAUAUUGCUCAUUUUAAAGAGUUGAGUAUUAUUUAUAAUAAAUCUAUUUAUUUUGUUAUUAUACAUUGUAAGACCUUGAUAAUAAAUUGGAAGUCAUGCAUACUUACAUGACAGUUUGACAUAAAUAAAAGUCAUGCAAAUCUGACUUACACUUAAAAUGUAUAAUUUUA